UUAUAUCAAGAGUUCAUUAAUUAGAACAAUGGAAAGGUGGGCAGGUCGUGUUGCUCUUGUAACUGGUGCAUCUGUUGGCAUUGGUGCCGCUAUUGUGCGACAGCUUGUUAAAAAUGGGAUGAAAGUUGUAGGCUGUUCAAGAAAUAUCGAUAAAAUUGAGGCACUUAAAACGGAAUUAUCAUCUGCCAAAGGUAAGGUAAUACCUGUGAGAUGUGACCUGAAAAAUGAACAAGAUAUUAUGGAUAUGUUUACCAUGAUCAAACGAGAUCUAGGUGGUGUAGAUGUUUGUGUCAACAAUGCUGGAUUAGCACAUGCUGCUCCACUACUGAGUGGGGAAACAAAAGAUUGGAGAGAAAUGGUGGAUGUAAAUAUCAUUGGGUUGACAAUUUGCACAAGAGAGGCUGUCAAACAAAUGAGAGAAAAGGGUGCAAAUGAUGGACAUGUAUUUCUGCUGAACAGUAUGUCUGGUCAUCGAGUAAUCCCUUCACCUAAUGGUCAUUUUUAUUCAGCUACCAAAUUUGCUGUGACUGCUCUUGGAGAUGGUAUCAGAAACGAACUGCGAGAAAUGAAAUCACAAAUAAGAAUCACGUCGAUCAGCCCAGGGCUUGUUGAAACAGAGUUCGCCUACAGGAUGCAGAAAAAUGAUGAAAAAGCUAAGGCGUUAUAUGAAAGUAUUAAGUGUCUCCAAGCCGAUGAUAUAGCUGAUGCGUUAGUCUAUGCUUUAGGUGCUCCAGCGCAUGCUCAGGUACACGACAUUUUGAUACGCCCAACAGACCAAGUCAGCUGAUAUGUUUCUAACAUUUUUUAUGAUAUAAUUUCCAUAUGAAUUUUUAUUUUCAUUAUUAUCUUGCUCUUGCCAAUGUAUUCCUUUUUAGCUCACCUGGCCCGAAGGGCCAAGUGAGCUUUUCUCAUCACUUGGCGUCCGUCGUCCGUCGUCCGGCGUCGUCCGGCGUCGUCCGUCGUCGGCGUUAACUUUUUACAUUUUGAACUUCUUCUAGAGAACCACUGAAUGGAAUGAAACCAAACAUGGCAUGAAUGUUCCUUAUGAGGUGCUGACCAAGUGUUGUUACUUUGUAGCCGAUCCAUCAUCCAAGAUGGCCGCCAGUGGGGGACUUAGUUUAACAUAGGACCCUAUGGGAAAUGCAUACAAAUGACUUCUUUUAGAGAACCACUAAAUGGAAUGAAACCAAACAUGGCAUGAAUGUUCCUUAUGAGGUGCUCACCAAGUGUUGUUACUUUGUUGCCGAUCCAUCAUCCAAGAUGGCCGCCAGCCGGGGACUUAGUUUAACAUAGGACCCUAUGGGAAAUGCAUACAAAUGACUUCUUUUAGAGAACCACUGAAUGGAAAAAAACCAAACAUGGCAUGAAUGUUCCUUAUGAGGUGCUGACCAUGUGUUGUUACUUUGUAGCCGAUCCAUCAUCCAAGAUGGCCGCCAUCGGGGAACUUAGUUUAACAUAGGACCCUAUGGGAAAUACAUACAAAUGUCUUCUUUUAGAGAACCACUGAAUGGAAUGAAACCAAACAUGGCAUGAAUUUUCCUUAUGAGGUGCUGACCAAGUGUUGUUACUUUGUAGCCGAUCCAUCAUCCAAGAUGGCCUCCAGCGGGGGACUUAGUUUAACAUAGGACCCUUUGGGAAAUACAUAAAAAUGUCUUCUUUUAGAGAACCACUGAAUGGAAUGAAACCAAACAUGGCAUGAAUGUUCCUUAUGAGAUGCUGACCAAGUGUUGUUACUUUGCAGUCGGUCCAUCAUCCAAGAUGGCCACCAGCAGGGGACUUAGUUUAACAUAGGACCCUAUGGGAAAUACAUACAAAUGUCUUCUUUUAGAGAACCACUGAAUGGAAUGAAACCAAACAUGGCAUGAAUGUCCCUUAUGAGGUUCUGACCAAGUGUUGUUACUUUGUAGCCGAUCCAUCAUCCAAGAUGGCCGCCAGCGGGGGACUUAGUUUAACAUAGGACCCUAUGGGAAAUACAUACAAAUGUCUUCUUUUAGAGAACCACUGAAUGGAAUGAAACCAAACAUGGCAUGAAUGUUCCUUAUGAGGUGCUGACCAAGUGUUGUUACUUUGCAGUCGGUCCAUCAUCCAAGAUGGCCGACAGCAGGGGACUUAGUUUAACAAAGGACCUAUGGGAAAUACAUACAAAUGUCUUCUUUUAGGGAACCACUGAAUGGAAUGAAACCAAACAUGGCAUGAAUGUUGCUUAUGAGGUACUGACCAAGUGUUGUUACUUUGCAGUCGGUCCAUCAUCCAAGAUGGCCGACAGCAGGGGACUUAGUUUAACAAAGGACCUAAUAAUUGGGAAAUACAUACAAAUGUCAUCUUUUAGAGAACCACUGAAUGGAAUGAAACCAAACAUGGCAUGAAUCUUCCUUAUGAGAUGCUGACCAAGUGUUGUUACUUUGUAGCCGAUCCAUCAUCCAAGAUGGCCGAUAGCGGGGGACUUAGUUUAACAUAGGACCCUAUGGGAAAUACAUACAAUUGUCUUCUUUUAGAGAACCACUGAAUGGAAUUGAACCAAACAUGGCAUGAAUGUUCCUUAUGAGUUGCUGACCAAGUGUUGUUACUUUGCAGUCGAUCCAUCAUCCAAGAUGGCCGCUAGGGUGGGG